GACUGCGCCGCGACCCCCGGGAGGACGCCGGGAGCCAUGAGCCGCCCGCCGCGCAGGCUGGCGGCGCUGCUGCUCGGGCUGCUCGUGGAGUGCACAGAGGCCAAAAAACACUGCUGGUAUUUUGAAGGACUCUACCCAACAUAUUAUAUAUGCCGCUCCUAUGAAGACUGCUGUGGCUCCAGGUGCUGUGUGCGGGCCCUCUCCAUACAGAGGCUCUGGUACUUUUGGUUCCUGCUGAUGAUGGGUGUGCUCUUCUGCUGCGGAGCCGGCUUCUUCAUCCGGAGGCGCAUGUACCCCCCACCACUGAUUGAGGAGCCAGCGUUCAACGUGUCCUACACCAGGCAGCCCCCCAACCCCACUCCAGGAGCCCAGCAGCCGGGGCCACCGUAUUACACCGACCCUGGAGGAUCAGGGAUGAAUCCUGUCGGGAAUACCAUGGCAAUGGCCUUACAGGUCCAGCCCAAUUCACCCCAGGGGGGCAUGGCCUACCCACCCCCUCCUUCCUACUGCAACACGCCCCCGCCCCCCUACGAACAGGUGGUGAAGGCCAAGUAGCAGGGACGCUGCCGUGUGAAGGAGGAGGGACGGGAGAGGGUCCUUCUCUCGGCUUUCCCUGUCCCCACGGACGUUCCCUUCCAGGAACGGUCUCAUGAGCCACUAAGGGCAAAUACCUUCAAACCAAGCACAGCUUUCUUUCAAGUUUUCCAUGGAGAACAAUAUUUGAAUCCACAUGGUGUCUCCUCUGUUCUUCUGUUUCUAAUGCAAUCUUUGCUCUCUGGGGGAGCAUGGCGACAGUCCCCAAGAUGCGACCAGAUCCUCAGAGAAGGGGUAGGGCAGAGCCGGUGGGGGGGUGACAUAUGGAGCACCUGGCAGGUGGCUGUUCAGUGUGGUCCCUGCUUCCUUCUGCUCCACUCCCGUCCUGAAGACAGGCCUCCCUCUGCAUGCCAGGGCAGAGCAGCGCGUGAAGCUCUCAUUGCAGGGCCAGGGGCCCAACAGCCCAAGCUGGAUGUUCACGGCUAUCUGAAGAUCACUAAGGAAAGUUAUUGGAAUUCAUGGGAAAUUGUUCCCUGCCCCAAAUGGGGACAUUGCAUUUUAUUUUGCAACUCUUGGUCUGAGUUGCAAAAGAAAGAAUGUUUCCCCCCUUCUUCGUGCAUUUAUGGAAGUGCGUAUAUAGUAUCCGGUCACUGAAGGUCAGACUGGGAGUGUAUCUUCGCUGGAUGUCACUGCCUGUCGGUGUGCUGUCGGGCCCAGAGGCUCCUGCAACCUUCCCCAGGCAGCUCUGCUGCUGGGUUCUGACAGACAUUUUGAAAGCAGAGGGACACAUCUGGCUGAGGCAUCCCCGCAGGGCACGGUCAGCCAUCCUGAGCCUGGGGUGGGUAACACUUGUGUUUGAACUGAGCUGCUGUGUGUUGGGCUCUGAAGAGGAGGAGCUGGCUGAGAAACAGAUGGAAGAGCACUGACCUUAUUGCACUGACCAUGCAAUCAAAAUUAGAAUAAAGAAGAUGUGGUUGGAAAUGUAAAUCCCCUGAUAAGAAUCAUAUCUCACCCCAGGAUCUUAGAAGUAGACAGUGUUCAGGGACUCGGUUCCCCUGCAUAGUUAGUAGUGUUGGUGUGUAUUUAAAGCCAGGUUGAGCCCUGACAUGUCGUGUGUAUUAAGAGCAAAGCAGCAUAGCCAGGCAGCGUAGAGAGGCUGCGUAGAUUACUACAUGUGUGGUAUUGUGGGGAGCGGGGCGGGGUGGCACUUACUUUGAAAUGAACUAAUUGAGCCUCUUGAGAAAUUGUUACUCGUUGAACUUGAGCAUCAAGACAUCUCACUGGAGUGGAUGUGGGGUGUUUUCUGUUCCCCAGACCACGAGCCUUGGUGUCCACUUACACGGGCAGGAGGUGAGGAGUAGGGGAGGGCCAAAGCGACUGCUUGGAUUUACUUUACUCUGAGGACAAAGAAUCGGGCCCCUGCGAGGGCAUCCCACGGGAAACACUUGGGAACACAGUUUGUGAACACGGACGCUGCUGCUGUGUCUUUGACCACUCAUGCGACCUCUGACCUCCGUCCCUGACCACAGUACCUCCCACGCUUGAGUCCUCGAUUUAAAUGAGACAACAAAGCACAACAUUUGCUGUUUACAACCAGGACAACCACAUGGGUCCAAAAAGUUCCUCUUCCUCCAGGUCACUGGUUUUGCAUUUUUAACUUCAAUUUCUCCCUUCACUUUUUUAAAUAGAGAAGCACAUGCUAAGAGCUGCCCCUAGAAUUGGAUCAGGGGACAGCUGGGUAGGCACCCAAAUGUCCAUGACCAAAUUUUGUUUAUCAUUUUGAUAGCAAAUGAUCUUAAGAGGCUGAGUGACUGGCAGUGCUCAACAAUUUUAUAGUUUCAUGUUUGCGUGUGAUACAUUUUAUUUUCCCUCGAACCUGGGUUAGAAUCCUGCGACAGUGAACACUGAUGCUGGACGUGGAAAUUCCACUUCUGGUGCCAUCUCCCGGCCAUGCUCGAGGCCCGUGUGCUGCGAGGGGAGUGUGCCCACCUCUCAGAGCGAGUCGAGCUCCGGCUGUGCCGAAGUCCUGUGGAGUCAUGGUUACAAGUGAACUUGAAGCAGAUCUGUGCGUGCUUUUCCUCUGCAACACUUGGCUCAUCUCUCUUUUGUUCUCCUUUGAUAGGGUCCUGUUUCCU